AUGCCAAAAUACUCCAAGUUCAUGAGAGACUUCCUUACUCAUAAAUGGAAGAUUGAAUCCAUUCAACAAGUCACCUUAAGUGAAGAAUGCUCAGUGGCCAUCCUCAACAAGCUCCCCCAAAAGAAGAUCGAUCCUGGAAGCUUCACCAUUCCUUGCUCUAUUGGUGGAUCACCAUUAAGCAAUGCAUUAGCCGACUUAGGAGCUAGCAUUAAUCUAAUGUCGGGUUCUAUGUUCAAUCGACUUAGGUUCGGCAAGCCACACCCUACAAAGAUGAGCAUACAACUUGCGGAUAGAACGACAUGGAAGAAGACCCGAAAUCCCGCUCAUAUUAGGAAGACCUUCCUUGCCACUGCACGGGCAAUGGUGGACAUGAGCAAUAGAAGAUUAACAAUGAGGGUUGGUGACAAGGAGAUCAAGUUCGAGGUGGGACAACGAGCAGAGGAUGAUCCGAUCAAAUACAUCAAAGCGAUUGACUCAAGCCUAGACGACGCCCUUCAACGAUACAACUUGGGAUGCGAAUCAUCCCACUCGGGUAACAUUUGA